CUCGCAACGACGAUCCGAGACGCAUACAGUACAGUUUCUUCGCCGGGCCUGCUUUAGCCGCAGGUGAAUGUGCCCGUGAACGUGGAGAAGUCAGACGAUCGUGAGGGCUUGUUUACCAGAAAAUCCGACGGUGAGUGAACGGUAGAAGUGAAAGUGGAUCUCGUCAACCUCAUCCACCAAAGAGUGACUCUUCCUUGCUUUGACCGCACUGCUUCUCCUCCUUCUCUCCCACUUCAUUGCACUGCCACUUCUCACCUUCACCCUCAAGAUGGCUGCGCUCGUCAAGCGCUUGCUGCUCGCUACACUCACUAUAGCAUCCUUCUCAGCCGCGAAUCCAGUGCCUGCGCUGCUUGAACGUCAGGGCAGCAACAGCACCUCAGUCUUAGCAGCCUGUCCUGGCUACAAAGCGAGCCACAUCCAGCACACAGAGAAUGGCUUGACUGCAACGCUUACCUUGGCUGGCACUGCGUGCAACGCCUACGGCACGGAUCUUACAGACCUGACCUUGACGGUUGAGUACCAGACAGACCAGCGACUUCACGUCAAGAUACAGGACGCUGCAAAUCAAGUCUACCAAGUGCCUUCUUCAGUUUUCGAGCGCCCGGCUUCGUCUUCUGGCUGUAGCCAGUCCAGCUCAGAUCUCAUCUUCAGGCACAAAAACAAUCCUUUCAGCUUCACGGUAACUCGGCGCAGCAAUGGAGAGGUCCUUUUCGACACCUCAGCCGCUAGCCUUGUCUUUGAGUCGCAAUAUCUUCGUCUGCGUACCAACCUACCAGAGAACCCGAGCUUGUACGGUCUCGGUGAGCACACCGACCCGUUCAUGCUCAAUACGACCAACUACACGAGGACCAUCUGGAACCGCGAUGCGUACGAGGUUCCGCCUGGCACUAAUCUAUAUGGUGAUCACCCUGUCUACUUUGACCAUCGUGGCGCCAAUGGUACACAUGGGGUCUUCCUGCUCAACUCAAAUGGCAUGAAUAUUGUCAUAGACAACACAAACGGACAAUACCUGGAGUACAAUACCAUCGGUGGCAUCCUCGACUUCUACUUCAUGAGCGGCCCAUCGCCAGUGCAAGUAGCUCAGCAAUACUCCGAAGUGGUUGGGAAGUCGGCCAUGAUGCCGUAUUGGGGCUUCGGCUUCCACCAAUGCCGGUAUGGCAUGCAGGACGUCUACGAGGUUGCUGAGGUGGUUGCAAACUAUUCCCAGGCUGGCAUUCCGCUUGAGACGAUGUGGACAGAUAUCGAUUACAUGUAUCUGCGUCGCGUCUUCACUCUAGACCCUGACCGAUUCCCGCUCGACCUCGUGCAGCAGCUCGUCACCUAUUUGCACACCCAUCAGCAGCACUACAUUGUUAUGGUCGAUCCGGCCGUUGCGUACCAGGACUACCCAGCCUUCAACGACGGUGUUAGUGCCAAUGCCUUCCUCACGGUAGGCAACGGAUCCGUGUACAAAGGUGUGGUCUGGCCUGGUGUGACGGCCUUCCCAGAUUGGUUCGCUCCAGGCACUCAAGGCUACUGGGACGGUCAGUUCGACUCUUUCUUCGAUCCAACUACGGGCGUGGAUAUUGAUGCAUUGUGGAUCGACAUGAAUGAGGCUUCGAACUUCUGCGUGUAUCCUUGCGCCGACCCGGAAGGGCAAGCUGCGAGCAUGGGAGAUCCGCCACGGCCACCAGCAGUCAGAUUGGGUGCUCCGAGGCCAAUACCCGGCUUCCCAGCCGACUUCCAGCCUCAAUGCAAGGCCGAAGUGACAUUCAACGUCAAUGCUAGCACAUUCUUUGGUGAGAACAUUGCUGUGUUUGGCUCCGCGGUUACCAUCGGUAGCGGCGACGAUACCAUGAAUGCCGUGGGCUUGGGUACUGCGAACUAUCCAAUUUGGAGUGCUACCAUUGACAUGCCGGCCAAUACUGUUGUUACCUACCAGUACCUGCGGGCUGAGCCGGGCGGAACCUACAUCUUCGAGGCUUCCAACCGGACCCUUACCACCGGAGGGUGCAAUUCCACGCAAUCUACGAACGACACCAUCACCACAACUUCUCCGCCUGGCUCUUCGAAGAUGUUUAAGCGUGAUGCUACUCCGGUUGCACACGGCGCGCCUGUGGUAGCAAGGCAAGCUUCUGGUACCGAGACCGGUUUACCAGGACGUAAUCUGAUCGAUCCAGAGUACACGAUCAAUAAUGUCGCCGGCAGUCUCAGCAAUAAGACGCUCGAUACCGACCUCGUGCAUUAUGGAGGCUGGGUGGAGUACGAUACGCACAAUCUCUACGGUGCCAUGAUGUCCGAGGCCUCGCGUCUGGCGAUGCUUAGUCGUCGACCCACCGUAAGGCCUAUGGUUAUUACACGCUCAACAUUUGCUGGAUCAGGCAGACAGGUUGGCCACUGGCUUGGCGACAAUGCGGCGGAUUGGUCGCACUAUCUCAUCUCGAUCGCCGAGCUGCUGGAGUUUGGUGCGCUGUUCCAGCUGCCUAUGGUCGGCAGCGAUGUCUGUGGCUAUGCAGGCAACACGAACGAACUGCUCUGCGCUCGUUGGGCGACUCUUGGCGCUUUCUCCCCGUUCUAUCGCAACCACGGCGAGCAGGGCGCUCUACCACACGAGUUCUACCGCUGGCCGCUCGUCGCCGAAGCCGCUCGCAACGCCAUUGCUACACGUUACCAGCUCCUCGACUACUUCUACACUGCCUUCUACGAGCAGAAUCAGACUGGUACGCCAUCUGUACAGCCAAUGUUCUUCGUCUACCCGGAGGACGGGAAUACAAAUGCACUGCAAUACCAAUACUUUUUUGGCCCAGCCAUCAUGGUCGCACCUGUGACUGAUGAGAACAGCACAACAGCGGAAAUCUACAUGCCAAAUGAUGUCUUCUACGACUUCUACACGCAUGAGCAGGUCCAAGGGACUGGUAGCAUGGUCACACUUGACAACGUGCCUUACACCACGAUCCCACUCUACUACAAAGGUGGCAGCAUUGUCGCCCUCCGCGCAAAAUCCACCAACACCACCACCGAGCUUAGGAAUCAAGAUUUCAGCAUCGUCAUCGCACCGUCUCAGAACGGAACCGCUUCCGGGGCUCUGUACCUCGACGACGGCAAUAGCCUCGUGCAAACAGCUACGAGCUACAUCACGUUUACGUACAGCCGUGACAGCUUGGUGAUCGGUGGUAGCUUUGGCUACCAGACGAAUGUAUCCAUCAGCAGCAUUACGGUCCUGGGCGGCCCAAGCAGCUCCAAUGCAAACACGAGCAGUAACGUGGUUACGUCGCAGAAAUCGAAGAUGCAGACGACGAAUAUACCUCUGACGGGCCCGCGCAGCAUUCAGGUUAGCUGAGGAGAAGAUGUUACUGCGUCUGUGCUUCAUGAUGAGCUUAUGACUUGACGAGCAAAAGGCUAAAACCCUAGGUAGACUGAAUGGAAUAAUCUUACAUCGCC